AUGUGGUCAGACGCAACGACAGCUAUCCCCUCCAUCGAGGAGCGUCUCACUUCCCUAGAGAGGAGUAUGAGAGAGAUGACCGGCAUGCUUCGGCAGAUCUUGAAUCAAUCACCAAGCGUCUCUAAUAUCUCCGUCCCUCCGCUAGCUCGGAGUGUUCAUACGGAAGAAACGGCCUCCAUUGAAGGAAACUCAUUCGGUCCUUUCCUACCUAAACCCGUUCGGCUAAUUCAGGACCUCCAAUCUGAGUUUUUUGGGGAGACAAACCGCAUCCCUGUUGAAUCUCCUUUCUUGGGUAACAGUUUUGAGAAGGGUAUCUUAGAUUCUAAGUUGUCUCUCAAGUUGGUACAGCUGUAUGGUCACUCGUCAUGUCCAUCUGCCUCUAUAGCCGCUAAUGCUUGA